AUGGCCACCGCUGCACGGAGCUCCCUGGGUCGGAUCGCUCUCGGCGACACCGCCCUUUUCGUGUGUGACAUCCAGGAACGCUUCCGGGAGGCCAUUCAGGGGUUCCCCGCGGUUGUGGACGUUUCCCGACGCAUGAUCCGUGCCGCGGAGGUGUUUCAGAUCCCCGUCAUCGUGACAGAGCAGUACCCUAAGGCUCUGGGCAAGACGGUUUCUGAGCUGACAGAGGUGCUCCCCAAAGAUGCCCAAGUGUUUGAGAAGACCAAGUUCAGCAUGCUCAUCGACGAGGUCUCGGAGUUCCUGACGCGCAGGGACGACAUCAAGCGCAUCUUGAUUGUUGGGAUUGAGGCCCACGUCUGUGUGCUGCAGACGACCCUGGAACUCCUUGAUCGCGGUUAUGAGGUACACAUCCUGACAGAUGCCGUCUCCAGCCGGUAUGCCCUCGACCGCUCGACAGCACUGCACAGGCUCUCCAAGGCCGGCGCUAUUCUGACGACUUCAGAGACUGCCAGUUUCCAGCUGAUGGGCAACACGACCUACCCCAACUUCAAGGCCAUCUCUGCCCUCUUCAAGGAGAAGAAGGCAGACUCCCUGCCUGGCCUCUGA